UGUAAGAGUCUCUCUUCAGAAGAGGACUCUAUGACUCUAGCUGUAUCGGGACUGACUUUUCCUUGCCAUCGACUUACAGUUGGAAGAAGAUCUUCACCUGUACAAACAAGGGAACAGUCAGAGGAGCAAUGCACUGAUGUUCAUAUGGUUAGUGACAGUGAUGGAGAUGACUUUGAAGAUGCUACAGAGUUUGGAGUUGAUGAUGGAGAAAUGUUUGGAGUAGCUUCAUCUGCCUUGAGGAAAUCCCCAAUGAUGCCAGAAAAUGCAGAAAAUGAAGGAGAUGCCUUAUUACAAUUUACAGCAGAGUUUUCUUCAAGAUAUGGUGACUGCCACCCCGUUUAUUUUAUUGGAUCACUAGAGGCUGCUUUUCAAGAAGCCUUCUAUGGGAAAGCUAGAGAUAGAAAGCUUCUUGCUAUCUACCUCCACCAUGAUGAAAGUGUUCUAACCAACGUCUUCUGUUCACAAAUGCUUUGUGCUGAAUCUAUUGUCUCGUAUCUGAGUCAGAACUUCAUUACCUGGGCAUGGGACAUGACAAAAGAAGCUAACAGAGCAAGGUUUCUGACGAUGUGCACUAGACACUUCGGGAGUGUUGUAGCCCAAACAAUUAGAACUCAGAAGACAGACCAGUUUCCACUUUUCCUUAUUAUUAUGGGAAAACGAUCAUCUAAUGAAGUGUUGAAUGUAAUACAAGGUAACACAACGGUGGAUGAGCUAAUGAUGAGGCUGAUGGCUGCAAUGGAGAUCUUCAGUGCCCAGCAGCAGGAAGACAUAAAGGAUGAGGAUGAACGUGAGGCCAGAGAAAAUGUGAAAAGAGAGCAGGAUGAAGCGUACCGCAUAUCACUGGAGGCUGACAGGGCAAAGAGAGAAGCACAAGAGAGAGAAAUGGCAGAGCAGUUUCGCUUGGAACAAAUUCGGAAAGAACAGGAGGAAGAACGUGAGGCUAUCAGGCUCUCUCUUGAGCAAUCUUUGCCUCCUGAACCAAAAGAGGAGAGCACUGAGUCCGUCAGUAAACUGCGUAUUCGGACGCCCAGUGGAGAGUUCUUUGAGCGACGUUUCCUGGCCAGCAGCAAGCUGCAGGUUGUCUUUGAUUUUGUAGCUUCCAAGGGAUAUCCUUGGGAAGAGUACAAGCUGCUGGGCACCUUUCCGAGGAGAGAUGUGACCCAGCUGGAUCCAAAUAAAUCAUUACUGGAGGUAAAACUGUAUCCUCAAGAAACCCUUUUCCUAGAGGCAAAAGAAUAGAUCAUGCCCCAUUGUAGGACUGAUCAUCCUGGGCAAGCCAGAGGCACUGCAUUGAAAGGAAGACUUCUAUCAACGCCACCUUGUACUAGCAUCCAACUCAAUUCAAUGUCACAACUUUGCCUCUUGCAAGAAUCCUGAAAAAUUGAAAAAAACCCAUAGCUACUUAGUUUCACAUACAUGAGUAUAUGUUUCCAACCUCAUUUAAAUGAGCAGAGGAUAAAGUUCUGCUACGAACACUGAACAUUAUGACUCUGUUGCUCACUUAUCAUCCAGCUUUUGUUAUAAUUAAUGCAC